AUGGCUGACACCAUUAUCUCCCUUGUUAUUGAGAGAGUUGUUGAUCUGCCGAUUAAAAAAUCUGCUUUCCUGAAAGAUGUUGGACUACAAGUAGAAAGACUACGAAAUGAUCUGAACUGGAUGCGAUGUUUCCUGAAAGAUGCAGAUCAAAGGCAAGAUGAAGAUGGGAGGAUUCACAACUGGGUUUCUGAAAUCAGAGCUGCUGCCUACGAUGCUGAGGAUGUCAUUGAGAUCUUUGCCAGCAAAGUUGAGUUCAUAACGGACAAGGGACUCGUCACCAAAUUGACAUAUUAUCCCUUGAAAAUUGUGAACCUCUGCAAGAUUGGUAAAGAGAUCGAAUCUUUACAGAUGAGGCUCAAUGGCAUUGUUGAUAGCCGUGAAAAGUAUGGUAUCAAAAAUCUUGGGGAGGGAAUGAGUUCGCAUGGAGAAGAGCUUCGACGGCUUCGGCGAUCCUCUCCUUUUAGCGAGGACAAGGACAUAGUGGGCUUUGAGGAGAUAACGAAAUCCCUGGUGGCAGAACUUUUGAAAGAGGACAAAAACCGUCGCGUGAUUUCAAUCAUUGGCAUGGGUGGUGUUGGGAAGACAACUCUAGCCAAAAAGGUUUAUAACCAUGUUGAUGUCAGGGAAAGAUUCAACUGCCGUGUUUGGCUCUGUGUCUCGUCAAGCUAUGAUCACAAAGAGAUGCUGAGAUCGAUCAUAAAGCAAUUGAAUACAAUGAGUAAAGAGCUACUUGAAACUUUGGAAAAGAUGGAAGAGCAAGAUCUGGAGCAAAGGCUCUAUCUAGAGCUACAGGAUAAAUGUUACCUUGUGGUGCUUGAUGAUGUAUGGAAGGAAGCAGCGUGGGAUUGUCUUGCUAGGGCCUUUCCUGAUGUGAAUACAUCAAGUAGAUUGCUACUUACAAGUCGCAAUUUAGAUGUUGCCCUACACGCAGAUGCUCUUAGCAUGCCAUAUAAGCUGAAAACUUUGGGGCAGGAAGAUAGCUGGCAGUUAUUUCUCCGAAAGGCAUUAGGCCCUGGGGCUGAUGGUGGGUGUCCUCCGUAUUUGGAAGAAGUAGGCAGAGAUAUUGCAAGGCGAUGUGCUGGCCUACCACUGGCCAUCACAGUUAUUGGCGGGUUGCUACUGGGCAAGAAAAAGUUGAAGAGUGAAUGGGAGAAAGUUCUCAACAACAUUAGCACAUACCUAUCAAGGAGCCAGAGUGGAGUAUCAGAAAUUCUGGCAUUAAGUUAUGCAGAUCUUCCUCCCAAUCUGAAAUUUUGCUUUUUGUAUUUGGGCUUGUUUCCAGAAGACUCUGUGAUUUCUGUGCGCAAGUUGAUCCAUAUGUGGAUUGCGGAGGGAAUAAUGCAGAAAAGGGAUGCAGAAAAUUUGGAGGAAACUGUAGCAUAUGAUGUGGAACAACUUUUCAGCAGAAAUAUGGUUCAGGUGGCAGAAAUGACUGUUGAUGAGAGGAUUAAAAGCUGUAGAGUCCAUGAUUUAUUGAGAGAACUUGCAAUCAAAAAGGCAGUGGAUGAAAAUUUUUUUCAGAUCCAUGACACCAAAGAUGAUGAAAUAUCAGCCAAAUCCAGGUACCUUGCUGUUCAUAUUCUCCCUUGGUAUAAAAAGUAUUUUGGGUCUUCGACCCCUCCUCUCCGAUCUCUACUUUUUUUCAAUGUCCACGCUUACAGGGGAAAUGUUAGUCUUAGCUUCAAAAGUUUCAGAAAGCUUAGGGUACUAGACCUUGAGAAAGUUCGCAUAUAUCGCUUGCCAAAAGAAAUUGGUGAUGUCAGGCUUCUGAGGUAUCUCGGUUUAAGAGAGACACGGAUUGGAAAGCUCCCUCAUUCCUUCGGUUGCUUGCGAAACCUACAAACUCUUGACAUAUGCAGCAUAAAUUGGAAAGUGAAAGUUUCAAAUUUCAUUUGGAAGCUUGAAAGUUUACGGCAUCUAUAUGCAUAUAACAUAAGAUGUAAUGUGUCACUUAAGAUUGAAGGAUUGAGCAAUCUUCAGACUUUGUCAGGCAUACACUUUGAUGACAUUAUGCACAAUAACAUGAUAACUUUGACAAGUCUUCGAAAACUGGGGAUUUUAUUAGAUGUCAACUCAGAGAUAGAUAAACUCUGCAUGCAUUUAUCUGUGGUUGGAAGCCUAAAGACGUUACAUCUUUAUCGUACUGGAGGAAGAGAGUGGCCAACUCUAGCUGGACUUUCUAAGCUCCAUCAUGUAACAGAGCUCAAGCUAUCCGGGGAGUGGAAAAUGCUACCUCCUGAUUUUCCUCCAAAUCUCUCUCGCUUGUCUUUGACAUUCACAUAUCUUAUGGAUGACCCAAUGCCAAUACUAGAGAAGUUGGGGCAGCUGUCAUUCCUCAAAAUGAAAGAUGCAUAUCACGGCCGACAACUGAUCAUUUCUAGGCAUGGCUUUCACCAAUUGAAAUUCCUUGAGCUCAGAGCCCUACAUCAUUUGGAUGAAAUAAAGGUGGAGAAAGCUGCAUUGCCACAGCUCCUGUGCCUGAGAAUCAGGAACUGCAGCUCAUUAGGCAUGUUGCCGGAGGAGCUGAUGCACAUUUCUACUCUUGAUAAGAUUGAGCUUGUGAACAUGCCCGAAAGUUUUAUUAGUAGGCUUGAUGUGCGAGACCCGCACAAGGGAUCCAGUGCCCCUUACCUCAGAAUAUUUGACUAUAGUUUCCCACAGAGGGGUUGA